CAGGAGAAUUUCAUGUUUUUAAUUUCAGAUCAAGUGUAUGAUAAUGAAUUAAGCAUGGAGAUAGAUAUUCCUGGAGAUUUAGAGGCGGACUCAGAGGUCGAGGAUACACUGACCAACGGUUUAAAGAGAUCAUCCUCAGCUCCCCUCAUCCCUCAAUUAAUAGCCUCCGAUCCUCCAGCCCAAAAGAGACUGAGAGCCUCCUACGUCACAAGAAGCUGGAGAAGAUGGAGUACUAGUGUGAGUCCUGUUAGUCCUAGUGGAGGGGGAGGAGGAGGGCAAACAGGUUGGGCCAGGUUAAACCGUCUCAAGGUUGAGGAAACUAGAGAUGUCGGGAAGAACGAGAUAGCCACAGAGCGCGAGGUUCAGAGAGAAAUAUCGAUGGAGAAAAAUCUGUCUCAGUCUUGGGAGGAUUUAUCUUUAAGUGACAACAAGGAGACGAGAGGAAGACGGAAAACAACAGACCCAACCAUUCCUCUCACCAUAGGUGUCGGUCCUUUCCCGUCCCCUCGGACCUCACCUUCUCCCUCCCCCUCCCCCACCAGAUCAUCCGUGACAGGGAAGCAGUGCUACUCCCCUUCUAUGCAGAUGCCGGUCCCCACCAACCUCUCCUUUACCCCCAGUCCAAGCUCUAGUCCCACCAGGAGAUCCUGGACCUCACGGAGAAGCUUGUCUCCAAUCACCCUCCGUCCGUCAGCUUUGGGACCGGUGAAACGGAAAUGUAUGCUGGAUGAUGGGGAAUGUACUCCGUCUAAGCGUCAGUCCUCCAACCUACUGAUAACCCAAUCCACACGUUCUGCUCCUUACAAGGUACCCUGGUCCAGUAGCUGGUCCACUCCGCAACCUUCUCCACGCCCACCUUCAGAAACCUCAAGAGAAAACUCUCCGGUUCCCACAGCUCUAACUCUGGAGCAAGCUCGUGAAGAGGAUAAGAUGGAAACAAAAGAAACCCAAGUUUAGUUUAAAUAAUUCUCAUUCAUUCUUGCAGAAAUCAUUGAAUACAAUCAGGUUUAUUGAUUUCUUCUGUCCUCGUAAUAUUUAAUUUGCUUUUUAGUUAUUUAUUUAUAUUCGCUUUAAUUAUUCAUUGUACUAAUUCAUCAAAACAAAGUUUGUUUGUUCUUUAAAAGAUAUCGAGUACAUUUUAUGUCCUUAAUCAAAUUUCAACAUUCUUUUUUUUUUUCUUCUAAAUUUCAGUACUAAGGAAGUUAUACAAAAAUUUCAUGACUUUUUUAAGGUAAAAUAUCAACGGAACUAUUGUUAAAUUUAUUAAUUUUUCUGGGACGUGUCACUUUAAAUGUUCAAGAAUGCAUAUUUUUUCGGAAUAGAUGCAAAGCCCAAAUUUCAUGAAAUGUCAUGAAUGUAAGCUCAAGAAUAUUUUUCUCAUUGUUAUAAUUUUUAUAUUUAAUUUGAAUUUAAACCAAGAGAAUCUACCAUAUAUUCCCCCGAGCUGUUAAUUACUUUCGUACUUAUUGAAUAUGUCCAAUAAUCGUGAUACUGUUUUAAUCCUUUUCUACAGUUUUCCAUAUUGAGACUUAAACCAUAUUUAGCUACAGUCCUCUAGUCUUCAUGUAUAUAUCUGUAAAAAAGGUACUGAGAGUACCAUUAAAUGUUAAAGUUGGAGGAAUACUACCAAAAAUCAUGUUAUAAGCUUAAAGCCCUGGGUGUAGAAAUAUUAUUUUCGGAGACACCCCCCCCCCCCCAUUUUAUC